CUUCACUUGAAUCACUAUAUUCCCCAUUCACCAAAGCUUCACCUCAGAGAUCGUAGCUUUGGUUCUCCAGUCAUCCUCUAAAAUCAUGGCUGAAUUAGCACUAACAGCUGCCAGUCCUGUUGUCAAAAUGGUGGUGAAGAAGUUGGCCUCUGGGCUAUGGAAGAAGCUGGGACUGGCGAGGAGUGUUUCCACCGACAUAGAGAAGCUGCAGAGCAAGCUAUCAAAGAUUCAGGAUGUGCUCGAUGAUGUAGAGAUGAAACCCAUCACUAGCAAAGCUCUACAAGGUUCACUGAAGAUGCUUAGAGAUGCGGCUCUCGAUGCGGACGAUGUCGUGGAAGAGUUCGAAACUGAAGUGCUGCGGCAAAGAAUGGAGGAACAUGACCAGAUGACUGGAAAGGUGCGUGACUUCUUUUCCUCGGACAAUCCAAUUGCAUUUCGAUGUAAGAUGGCUCACAAGAUAAAAGAGAUUAUAGACAGAAUUGAUGAAAUUGUAAAGAAUAGCAAGGAUCUUGAUUCGAUGAUGAAAUCUGACUCAGAUUCAACAAAAAAGAAAUCUGACUCGGAUAGGCCAGCAGACCGUGAGACCACCUCAGUGGUGGUCGAACCAAAAAUUUAUGGACGAGAUGAAGAUGAAAAAAAAGUCAUGGAAUUCCUUGUUCACAGAGAUAAUGACAAAAAUAUCUCUAUGCUUACAAUAGUUGGCCUUGGUGGAGUUGGAAAGACAACCCUUGCUCAAUUAGUCUAUCAUAAUAAGAGGAUUGAGGAGCAAUUCGAUCUUCAAAUGUGGGAAAAAUUGAGAACCAAAAGAUUUCUUUUGGUUCUAGAUGAUUUAUGGAAUGGUAAAGAAUCGGAGUGGGAAAAACUAAAACCUUUGUUCAUACAUGCCAAAUUAGGAAGCAAGAUCAUAAUAACAACACGCAUUGAAACUGUUGCUUCUGGUGCACAUUCAAUCGGAACCAUCUCAAUACAUAAAUUGCGAGGGUUGCAAGAUGAGGAUUGUUGGACUCUGUUCAAGCAAAGGGCAUUUAGGUUUCAGAGGGAAGAAGAUAACCCAGAAUUGGUGGAAAUUGGAUGCGAGAUCAUUAAAAAGUGUGGAGGUUUGCCCUUGGCAGCGAAGGCACUUGGAAGUCUAAUGAGCUCUAAGAGAGGGAAGGUCGAGUGGCUAGCUAUCAAAAACAAUGAGAUUUGGCAGCUAUCUGAAGAUGAUAUUGGAAUUCUCCCUAUACUAAAGUUGAGUUAUGAUCAUUUACCAUCUCACUUGAAAUGGUGUUUCACAUAUUGUUCUAUAUUCCCAAAAGAUCAUAUGUUUGAAAUAAAGACAUUGAUCCAACUGUGGAUGGCUGAAGGACUCAUUGAUACGUCAGGUAUUUCUCUAAAUGCAGAGGACAUUGGCAACCAAUACUUCAAUAAUUUGUUGUGGAGGUCAUUCUUUCAAGAUGUCAAAAUGGAUGAGUACAAUAAUCCAAUGACAUGUAAGAUGCAUGAUUUAGUCCAUGAUCUUGCAUGUUCGCUCACAAAGGACGAAUUUUUGGUCAUGGAGAAGGACAGGGAGAUGGAAGAUGAAUCUUUGAUCAUGGAGAUGCACAUGAAGAGCAUUUCUCGAUGCCGCUAUUUAUUAGUAAUGUGUCAUAAUGCAUCAUCAAUGACUUUAAAUGUAACUCAUAAAGCAAAAAAAUUGAGAACACCUUUUGUGUUGGGGAAAGAAAAAUAUUGUUUUCAUGAUGUGGACAAAUUUAUCUUCAAUGUAACAAAAUAUCUCACCCAGUUACAUGCAUUGGAUUUGAAGUUUAGUAGUAUCAAGAAAUUGUCUGAUAGAAUAAGCAAAUUAAAGCAUCUACGGUUCCUUGGCCUAUCGUAUACUGAGAUCAAAACAUUACCUACCUCGAUCACCAGACUUUACAAUUUGCAGACUUUGAAUCUUAGAGGCUGUGACAGACUACUGGAAUUACCUGAAGGUUUAAGUAACCUAUGCAACCUUAGACAUAUGGAUAUAUCAAGGUGUACUAUAAUUAGAACAUUACCAACCUCAAUCACUGGACUUUGUAGUUUGCAGUCAUUGAAUCUUCAAGGAUGCUCUGUACUACAAGAAUUACCUGAAGGUAUAAGUAAUCUAGGCAACCUAAGACACACAGAUAUAUCAGAAUGCUACAGUUUGUCUGGCAUGCCUCAUGGCUUGGGCCAGUUGAGUAAGCUUGAGACAUUGCCGAUGUUCAUUGUUGCUCAGGAGAAUGGGUGUAGCAUCGCGGAGAUGGAACAUCUAAACUCUAUUCAUGGUAGGUUGGUAAUUAAAAAUCUACAUCAUGUGAAGGAUCCAAAAGAAGCCGUGGAUGCAAACCUAAGGAAAAAGAUGAGAUUGAAUUACUUAGCACUUGAAUGGAACCAAGGCAUGGAUGAGGUGCAGGAACAAUCAUCUAUGCAAGCAGCAGAAGACGUAUUUGAAAGGCUUCAACCUCAUCAUAGUCUGAAAAAGUUGGAUAUAAGUUAUUAUAUGGGCAUCAGGUUACCCAAUUGGAUGACAAGGGCAGAACUAGUGUCAUCAUCUCUUCCAAAUUUAGUUGAGCUCGGAUUGCAUUGGCUCAAGAGGUGUGAACAUCUUCCACCACUCGGCCGAUUGCCCUUGUUAAAGAAUCUCAGUAUGUCUAAAAUGCAUGCCGUGAAGAGAAUUGGAGAGGAGUUUUAUGGGGAUGGUGGCAGCAAUGCAUUCCCAUCGCUAGAGGUGAUGAAUUUAUGGGACAUGCCCAAUUUGGAAGCAUGGUGUGCAGAACCCACAACGGCAGGAAUAAAGAUGGCAUCCUUCCCUCGCCUUACCAAGUUGGAGAUAAGUUCAUGCCCCAAAUUAGCGGUGCAGCCAUGUAUCCCAUGCUUUGUGGAGCAACUUGAAAUAACAAUGAGCAAUGAGAUGCUCUUAUCAGGAGGGAGCCUUGCAGGCUUGUCCCAACUUAAAAGGCUUAAUAUUAGGUGCUGUGGAGUAUCAUCAUCAUCCGGGUGGUGGGAUGGGCUGCAAUACCUCACCACUCUUAAGGAGCUACGAAUUUCAUAUUGUAAAGAACUGACUUGUUUGCCUGAGGGUAUAAUGUACCUGCCCUCACUCCAUACCCUCUAUUUAUGCUGGAACAGAAAUCUAAGGAGUCUAGAGGGAAGAGGAAGGAAACAGCAGCAACCCACCCUCUUCUUCACUGCCCUCCGGUAUUUGUAUAUAUAUGGAUCAAAUGCGUUGACUGCUUUGCAAGAGUGGGUAGGAGGCCUUACGUCCCUCCAAAAACUAGAAAUUUUGACAUGUCCAAACUUGGCAAUGUUGCCAGAUAGCCUGCAGAACCUCACCGCGCUCCAAGAGCUGUGCAUCAUCAACUGCAAUCAGUUAGCAAUGCUGCCAGAUGGCUUGCAACACCUAACUGCACUGCAAUACUUGAAGAUUGGAGACUGUCCCCAGUUGGUUAGGCGGUAUAAGAAGGAGACAGGCGAGGACUGGCACAAGAUUGCUCACAUCCCACACAUCUUCAUCUGGCCAAGCAUACCAGAGGAAGAAGAUAGAAGGGAGGAAGAAGAUGGAGAAGAAACUAGUGAAAGACAUACCUUUGCUGCAAAAUAUCUCGGUCAAUUUGGAUUAGCAUGCUGCACGAGUCACAAUGGAGGUGCCAGCAGCUCCUUCCAGUGAUGAA